AUGGGGACCUGCUGCUGUGUGGCCCCACAGGCCAUGGACCCUACCGUGGGGUUGGGGACCGCAGCACAGGAGGAUCAGCUGCAGCCAGCACGGGGACCGUCCACUUCAAGAUUUCUGAAUCCGUAUGUAAUAUGCUUCCUUGUCGUCGCAGGGGUCGUGAUCCUAGCGGUGAUCAUAGCUCUACUUGUUUACUUUUUAGCUUUUGAUCAAAAAUCUUUCUUCUACAGAAGCAGCUUUCAAAUCCUGAAUGUUGAGUAUAAUGAUCAGCUGAGUUCACCAAGUACACAGGCAUACAGGACUUUGAGUGAAAGAAUCGAAUCUCUAGUUACUAAAACAUUCAAAGAAUCGAAUUUAAGAAAUCAAUUCAUCAGAGCUCAUGUUGUCAAACUGAGGCGAGGCAAUGGUGGUGUGAUAGCAGAUAUGAUCAUGAAAUUUCGAUUUACUAGAAAUAACAAUGGAGCAAUGAUGAAAAACAGAAUUAAGUCCAUUUUACGCCAAAUGCUGAAUAACUCUGGAAACUUGGAAAUAAAUCUUCCAACUGAGAUAGCAAAAUGUGGGGCUCGUCCAGACCUAAUAACAUUGUCUGAGGAGAGAGUCAUUGGAGGCACUGAGGCACAGGAGGGAGACUGGCCGUGGCAAGUCAGCCUACAGGCCAACAGUGCCCACCAUUGUGGAGGCAUCCUGAUCAGUAACACAUGGAUCCUGACAGCAGCUCACUGCUUCAGAAGCUACUCUGAACCUCGUCAAUGGACUGCCACAUUUGGUAUUAACACAGCAUUUCCUCUACUGAGAAGAAGAAUAAGACGUAUUAUAAUCCAUAACAAUUAUGAACCUAUAGCUCAUGAAAAUGAUAUUGCUGUUGUACAACUUGACAGCAAUGUCGACUUUACCAAAAAUAUCCAUAGGGUGUGUCUCCCAGACGCUACCCAGAAUAUUCCAGCUGGUUCUACUGCUUACGUAACAGGAUGGGGAGCUCUAGCAUAUGGCGGCCACACGGUUACAGAUCUAAGGCAAGGACGGGUCAGAAUAAUAAGUAACAAUGUAUGCAAUGCACCAGAUAGUUAUAAUGGAGGUAUCUUGUCUGGAAUGCUGUGUGCUGGAACACCUGAAGGUAGGAUAGUGGAUGCAUGCCAGGGUGACUCAGGUGGCCCACUGGUACAAGAAGACUCACGGCGGCUUUGGUUCCUCGUGGGGAUAGUAAGCUGGGGAGACCGGUGUGGCCUGCCAAAUAAGCCAGGAGUGUACACGCGAGUGACCGCCUACCGCAACUGGAUUGCCCAACAAACUGGGGUCUAG